AUGCCUGAAUGGCUCUCAAACUCGGCAGACCCUUUGAAAGUCACCUGUGGCAUGAUGAUCACAUCGUCGAUCUGGGUCGGUCCCACAGACAUGCUCACCAGCUUGUACGAGAUCGGGUCUGUGGUCUCGGGCCCAACAAUCUCCUCCGGUAGCAGGUCCUUGUCUGUUCUGGCAACGCGGUACACAAACGGCGACUUGAGCUCGUUCAGGUACUCAAACAGCGUGUCGGUGAAGAUCGACUCACCCGUGCACUGGAUCAAUGGCUCGCCGUUGCUGUCGAGGUUCUCGAAGGCCGCGUUCCAGUCCACUUCCUUGAGGAGCCGCUCGUCGUUAAACACCAUGAACGUGAUGCGUGCAAUCAGCUUGGCCAAAAACGGAUGGUGCGAUUUGGCCCGGAACAGUUUGUUCGAUAGCGUGAGCCGCCUGUUGUACAGCAGCUUCCAGUUCUCGUCAUUGUAG